AUGCCAUCGCCAGUGCCACAGGCAUUGGCGGCGGCACUGCAGCAACAGGCCAGCACCAGCAGCGGCAACGGGGGCGGCGGCGUAUCCAGUUUGAUGAGCGGCUUUGGCAGCGCCAGCAGCAACAGCAACCUCAAUGGCUCGCAUGUCUCGAGCAGCGGUGGAGCUGGGGGUGCGACCAGUGUAAGCAAUAAUCUGAAUAUAGCCACGGCCACCUUGACGGCGGCCCCGGCCCAUGCCAGUGCCGGGUUCGGGGCCAUUGGGAGUCUCAGUGUGGCUGGCAUGGGCGUGGGCGUCGGGGUGGGUGGCGGCAGCUCGACGCUCAAUUCCCUGGUCGUGGGCAACCGCCUGAUGAAUAGCAGCCUGCCGACGCUGCUCAAAUGA